UAUCCUGUCCACAAAAUUUCACCUCCACAAUUGAACAUAGAGCAACAAGAGUGUGGAGAGUUUGGAAGCAGCCUUUUUUGAAUGCUGUGAUACUUUAGAGUGAGGGAAGACUGAAAGGCCUCCAACAUUGUAGGCAAAAGAAAAGAAAUUGAUCAUACCAUUCUUCAUUGUUCAACUACCAUGUCUCGCCCAGGAAACAGAAGACCAGAAUGCCAUAAAAUAGAUUGGCAUUUACCAGCAAUUUCAUCCUCUGCUUCAGCACAUUCCAUGAACAGAGAUCUCUUUGUACUCACCUAUGGAGCUCUGGUGGCCCAGUUGUGCAAAGACUAUGAAAAGGAUGAAGAUGUGAAUAACUAUCUAGAUAAAAUGGGUUAUGGCAUAGGAAUACGACUUGUGGAAGACUUUUUGGCUCGUUCUUGUGUGAAAAAAUGCCAUAGCUACUCAGAAAUUGCUGACCUAAUUGCACAGGUUGCUUUCAAGAUGUACCUGGGAAUCACACCUAGUGUGACACGUAAUGAAUCAAGUAGAAAUGAAUUCUCCCUAAUUCUGGAUAAGAAUCCUUUGGUGGAGUUUGUAGAGGAGCUCCCGGCUGGACGGUCUUCUCUUUGUUAUUGUAAUUUGCUGUGUGGAGUCAUUAGAGGUGCCCUGGAAAUGAUUCAUUUGACUGCAGAUGUUACAUUCUUACAAGACAGACUUAAAGGAGACAAAGUUACAGAAAUAGGAAUAACAUUUCUGAAGAAGUUGGAGGAGAAAAAAUGCAGACGGAAGAAAUGAAGAACAACAUACAAAAACCACAGGAAGUCAUUUUGGGGAGUGGCUAAUGGCUGACUAUACAUGGCCCUGCAGUUUUGAUCUUGCUAAAGUCAUGCAAGCUUUUAAAAAAAAGCAUAAUAAUUUAGCCAGAAAAAAAGGAAUUACUUGGUAUCAGACAUCAUACCACUUUUUUCUGCUUGUAAACAUAUUUUCUUUCAAUCUGCAGAACUACAAACCUUUUAAAAUAAGUUAUUCGUUAUGUAAUAUAGUGAGCGUGAAUUCUACAAUAUUGCACAAUCCUACCUAUACUCCUAGGAAUGAAGAAAAGGAUUAAUAGUUUACAUGUCUCCUCUUAUUGUGCACAUGAGAGGAAUUAGGUAUUAUUGGUUUUGUCUUAUUUGUAUCCCAAGUGCUUAGCACAG